AUGACCACCACCACCACCUUCAAUCACAAUCAAACAACAACAACAACAACAACAAAAUCAUCAUCAAUUUCGUCAAAACCACCUAGACCAAAACGAAGAAUAUGUUUCUCAUUCACAACAUAUGCAAACAACCUAAUCCAACAUCUCAAAUCAUCCAACAUCAUAAUCGAAAAAGGACUCACCGAAUCAGAAUUUUCACUUCUCAAAUCAAAAUUCAAUCUCAAUUUCCCACCUGACCUUCGAACAAUUCUCCAACAAGGUCUUCCAAUCUCACCAGGUUUUCCCAAUUGGCGUUCUUCAUCAAAACAACAAAUCAAAAUUCUUCUUAAUCUUCCAGUUUCAUCCAUCCUAAGACGUGUUAAAAAUAACCGUUUUUGGCAUCCUUCCUGGGGUCCACUCCCGAAAGAUCCAGUGUCAGCUGCGGAGAAGAUUUUAUCUGAUGCUCCGCAGCUUGUUCCGGUCUUUCGGCAUUGUUAUAUAUGUUGUUCUCCUAAUAUUGCUGGUAAUCCUGUUUUUUACGUUGAUCAUGGUGGUGAUGUUAGGUUGGUGAGUAAUGAUGUUGUUGGAUUUUUUCGGGAUUCGGGUUUUUUGAAAAGCAUUGAGAAUGAGGAUGAGAUGGAUCCGGUUUGGGCAGCGAGGGAGGCGAGGAGGAUUGAGGUAUGGUCGGAGGUGGCGGAUGGGAGAGGGGAGAGAGGGUGGAAGUGGUGGUGGGAUGAUCGGAAGAGAGAAUUUGGUGGGUGUAUGGAUGGUGUUUUGCGGAGGGAAGAUGUGGUGUACUCUCUUGGGGUUGAUGUAGGAAAAUCAUGGUUGGAUUUGGAUUUUGAAUCGGAAGAAGAAGAUGUCGCCGCCACCGCCGUUGUCGGCGUCAAUAAGAAUAAGCGAUGA